AUGGAUGACCAGGGAGAAUGGCAAACCGUCACAAGGCCCAAGAAGAAGGCGAAGAAGGUGCCUCGCCCGGGCAAGGGAGGAUACCCUGGCCUGAAUUUUUCAUCCAGCGCUCGGCUCCAGUCCAUGCUCAGUCUCAACAGCCUGCGCGAUCUCAUCACCUACAUUUUUGCCGAUGGCGCGGGCCCCCAGUGGAUUGGAGUUACUCAUCGGCCGCAGUUCAGAAAGAUUGUGGCCAUCAUGGUGCCUGGUCUUGAAGAGGCUCUCUUCAAGGAGGGCGUCGACUAUGCAACUUUCAACGAUCUUAGAGAUGUGACUGUGGACGGAGAUAAUCUUGGAAAUGGGGAUAAAGAUUCCCAUCCCUUCAGCUCCCCAGAUGCCUAUUAUCCUCGCAAGCUCGACAAGGACACGCUGCCAGAGCCACUCAAGCCAUUUGCCGACAUGUUCCCUCAUCUGUGGCCCGUCAAAACACCCGGUGAUGACAAGCACGGAAAGAUGCACUCGCCAUUGGCUGCGUUCCUCACUGCCCCAGCGCCAAAGGAGAAGACGUCACAAAAAGGAGGCGUGAAGCCCGCAAAGGAGCCCCACGGAUGGAGGAAUGAGCGGACGCGCAUCACAGAGUUUCUGGCCUCUGCGGACGAACUAACGGAUAACGGCUACCUCAUUCAUCCGGCUCUUCUCCCAGAAGGACCACGACGAGACAACUUUGUCGCCCCAGAAGGAUGGGUCGUCACAAGAGUCAACAAGCUGGAAGAUGGCGAUGUCCCCGAAUCAGAAAUCGAACAGGGCAGCAUCACGGCUGGCAGAGAGAUCUUGGCGGUUGAUUGCGAAAUGUGCAUGACGGGCGAGAGCGAAUUUUCGCUAACUCGCAUUAGUCUCAUCGACUGGGAUGGAAAUGUUGUGCUGGAUGAGCUUGUGAAACCCGACAAGCCCAUCACCGACUACGUUACGCGGUUUUCCGGCAUCACAGAGGAGAUGCUGGCACCCGUGACGACUACGCUCCGCGACAUACAGGGGAAACUCCUUGAGAUUCUACAUCCGCGCACCAUUCUAGUGGGCCACUCCCUCGAAUCAGACACCAAAGCCAUACAGAUUGCUCACCCAUUCAUUGUCGACACCUCCAUUAUAUACCCUCAUCCCCGCGGCCCUCCUCUAAAGUCGUCACUCAAAUGGCUCGCCCAAAAGUACCUGUCCCGAGAAAUCCAGAAAGGAGACGCCUUAGGUCAUAACAGCAUCGAAGACGCCAAAACUUGCCUCGACCUGGUCAAGCAGAAAUGCGAGAAGGGAAAGCUGUGGGGAUCAUCGGACGCGCAAGGGGAGAAUCUCUUCCGCAGACUCGCACGUGCCGGUACAGCUUAUAAAGCUCAGGGAGGAGACGCUGCCGUCGGCGGCAUUGAGGUUGGCAAGACUAGUGCUGCCAUUGAUUGGGGUGACCCUUCCAAGGGUCUCGGCGCGGGAGCCACGCACCAGCUCGGGUGCAGAUCCGACGAGGACGUGACGACUAACAUCAUCCGAGCUGUCCUCGGUGAUGAAGAUGGUGAGGUCAUCAGGGGCGGCGGAGUGGACUUUGUCUGGGGCCGAAUGCGUGAGCUGGAAGCCCUGCAAGGGUGGUGGAAUAAGAAUGCCCCCGGCCAGGACGUGGACGCCGCAUCCGAAGCCAUCGGGACCGAUUCUGCAUCCGAGGGAUCUUCUCCUCUGGAGCAGGCCCUCAUCCGACUCACGGAGCGCCUCGUUCGCAUCCAUGAAGCUCUUCCGCCUUGCACCGCCUUCAUCAUCUACAGCGGCUCCGGAGACCCGCGCAGGAUGGCCCAGCUGCAGCACAUGCAUGCCCAAUGGCGCAAGGAAUACAACACGCCUGGCAAGAAGUGGGAUGAACUGAGCGUCAAGUGGACCGAUGUGGAGGAACAGGCGUUGAAGCGGGCUGUCCAGAAGGCGAGGUCGGGCAUUGGGUUUUUGAACGUGAAAUAG